AUGUCUUUUGGCAACAUGAAGAUGGAGGUUAAUAUGUUCAACGUUGGAGUUCAAAGGGGUGACGAUGACGAUUGCCAAAAUGUCCAUCUUGUGGAUACGUUGGUUCAGGAGCAUGUAGAUGAAUUCUUGGCCAAAGACUCUUUGGAGGUGGCUCUUACCUCCGAAGAGACCGCUUUUCUUGAAUCCGACGAGAUGGAAUCUCUCUUUUCUUUACUUAACGAAGAAGAUGGCGAUGAGGAAAUUUGUGGAGUUGCACCGUGGUUCCCAAAGUUUGAAGAGUUACCCCCUCUUGAGCGGAAAAUAGUUUCGUCUAGUGUUGAGCCGCCUACUCUUGAGUUGAAAGCACUACCGGACACUUUGAAAUAUGCGUUCCUUGGCGAGAGCAAUACCUUUCCGGUAGUAAUAUCGUCUUCCCUUGAGAAACUCCAAGAAGAGAAAUUGUUGGUAGUUUUGCGAAGGCAUACAAAGGCAAUAGGUUGGACUAUCGCAGAUAUUCAAGGCAUCUCUCCUUCUCUAUGCUCUCAUCACAUUUACUUGGAGGAGGAUGUCAAACCGUCGCGCCAACCUCAACGCCGGCUCAAUCCAAUUAUGAAAGAUGUUGUUAGGGCGGAGAUUCUUAAAUUGCUUGACGUUGGGAUUAUCUAUCCCAUCUCCGAUUCUAAAUGGGUGAGCCCCAUUCAAGUUGUCCCUAAAAAGGCGAGGGUGACCGUGGUGCCGAAUGACAAAGGUGAGCCCGUUCCGACCCGUGUCACUACCGGGUGGCGGGUAUGCAUAGACUAUCGCAAGUUGAAUGCAAGCACACGCAAAGAUCACUUUCCUCUCCCCUUCAUUGAUCAAAUUUUGGAGAGAGUAGCCGGUCAUGCCUUUUACUGUUUCCAUGAUGGUUAUUCAGGCUAUAACCAAAUAGAAGUGGCCUUGUCCGACCAAGAGAAAACGACCGAUAUGGUCAAGAAAAUUGUUGAAGUCUUCGUGGAUGACUUCUCCGUGUUUGGCAACUCUUUUGAGUCAUGUCUUGCCAACUUGGAGAAGGGGAUUGUGCUCGGGCAUAUCGUAUCGGCCAAGGGUAUCGAGGUAGACAAAGCCAAAAUUGACCUUAUCUCCAAUCUCCCUACUCCGAAGUUCAUUAAAGACAUUCGCUCCUUCCUUGGCCAUGCCGGUUUUUAUCGGCGCUUCAUCAAGGAUUUUAGCGCCAUCUCAAGACCGCUUUGCCACCUUUUAUCCAAAGAUGUUCCCUUUGAAUGGACUGCUGCAUGUGAGCUGGCGUUCAAUAGCUCAAAGCUAGUCUCACCACGCUGCCCAUUGUUCAAACGCCCGAUUGGAAUCUUCCAUUUGAAUUGA